AUGGCAACACCAGCUAAUAAUGGUCAUUCUGGAGAAAAAGGAUAUGACAAGUCAUUGAUGGAAAAUGGGGGUUACACUUUCCUGGCCGGGCCGGUGUAUAAGCGGCGUAAAGUAUCCGCCGUUCGUGAUUUCCCAGAUGGAUGUGGACCAUUUGCUUCAAGGAUUGAUCAAGUGUUUAACAUAAAUACUGAGGGCUGUGGUUCUGUUAAUGGUCCAAUUGUCGAGGUUAAGAAUGAUGAUCAUUUAGGGGGUGCUACUUUUAAAACUUCCACCUGUGAAAAUGAUGGUUGGCAUUCUGAGGCAAAAGAUUUGCUUUUUACAGAGACUCUUGGCCUAACAACUGACAAUGGUUUGGAUAAGGACAACCCUGUUGUCUCAUCUUAUCAAAUGGAUGGGUCUACUUCUGAAGAUGAACCUGCAAAAGUGACUAUUAGCCAAACAACUGAUUGCAGUUUGAAUCAGGAAAAGCUUGUGGUCUCAUCUCAUCAAGUAGAUGGGUCUACUGCAGAAGAUGACCCUGACAAACUGAUGCUUGGCCAAACAAAGAACUGCAGUUUGAAUCUGGAAAAUCUUGAGGUCUCAUCACAUCAAGUGGAUGGGUCUAUUGCAGAAGAUGACCCUGCGAAACUGAUGCUUGGCCAAACAAAGAAUUGCAGUUUGAAUCUAGAAAAUCCUGAGGUCUCGUCACAUCAAGUGGAUGGGUCUAUUGUAGAAGUGACUGUUCACCAAACAACUAACUGUGGUUUGAAUAAGGAAAACCAUAUGGUCUCAUCUUAUCAAGUGGAUGAGCCUACUGUAGAAGAUGAACCUGCAAAAGUUACUUUAGUAGACCGGGAAACUUUGAAUGCAGAGUUUGCCCAAACUACAAACAUUGUAAAAUGUGACUCCUCUUAUAUGUUGAAGUCAUCAUCUCCAGUAGGUGAGAUGGCUGUGUCAGGUGGUUCAAAACCCUUAUUAUCCAAUGCCGAUAUAUCUGCUUCCUGUGCUUACAUGUUAGAGCCUGUAACAAGAAGGUAUCUUCCGCAAAGAAAAGUUUCAGCUAUGAGAGACUUCCCUCGUUUAUGUGGGCGAAAUCCUCCACGUUUUAGUCAGGACAAGGAUGUAUGUCUCGAGGGGACCUCUUCUUUGAAUAACAAUAUUGAAGGUCAACAGAAUCUGGCUGUGGAUCGCAAUCAAUUGAAAAAGUUUGCAGCCACUGAUGUAAAAGAAGGUAAAAGUAGCAUUCAAGAUGAAUCUGUUUGCAAGAGAAAGCUUGUUGACAUCGAUCAAACUGAUUCCGUAAGAAAUGCUACAGAGAGAGGAAAGAAACUGCGUGCAUGUGAACUGUCAUCUGAGAUGAACAAGUCACCGGAAAUUGAGAGAGAAAAGUAUGCUACACUCCCUGAAAAAAGUAAUCCUCAUCAGGUUAGGAUACAUUCCAAGGCGGUGGUAGAGAAAAAUAAGGAUGAGAUAAAGCCUUUCAAUAUAUCUCGUUCUAAGCAUAAGCUGAAAGGGAAUUUAAAUAGAUUGGAGGUCUCAUCAGACAGGAAAGUAAUACUAGGUUUGAUGGCUGAUUCAGAAUGUCCGUGGAGGUCUGAUAAAGGUUCCUCCAAAUUUAAGCUGGUUGAUGGUAACAAUAAAGGCAAGAGAAAGAAAGUGGAUUCUUUUGCAUUGCCUGACAAAUCUAAAACUGAUAUCAAGACUAAAGGUGCUCGAAAUCAUUUUGGGAAGAAGUCUUUGAAAAAGGAAAAGGGAAAUCCUGCUUCUGAAAGUGUGGGUGAAUUCGAACUUUGGGAAAAGGAGGAUUGUCUUGAUCCUAAUGAAAAUAAUAAUGAUCUUCAAAUUGUUCUGAAAUCAAAUGAGCUUGAUGUAAACAUUACACCAUCUUCUCAUUCUCAUUUCACUGGUGAUGAGAAUGACCCAAAUUUGACCCGAAAAAGGGUGAGGGAAACAUUACGGUUGUUUCAAGUUGUUUGUAGAAAGCUUUUACAGGAAGUAGAAUCAAAGUUAAAUGAGCGAGCAAAUAGUAAGCGGGUUGAUUUAAUUGCUGCAAGGAUCCUUAGGGAGAAUGGAAAAUAUGUCAACUCAGGCCAGAAGAUACUAGGCAGUGUCCCUGGGAUUGAAGUUGGUGAUGAAUUUCAAUAUAGAGUGGAGCUUAAUAUAGUUGGCCUUCAUCGACCGACUCAAGGUGGAAUAGAUUAUGUGAAGCACAAUGGUAAAAUCUUUGCAACCAGUAUUGUUGCUUCUGGGGCCUAUGCUGAUGAUUUGGAUAAUCCGGAUGUAUUGAUAUAUACAGGGCAGGGUGGAAAUGUGAUGAGCAGUGAUAAAGAACCUGAAGAUCAGAAGCUUGAGCGGGGCAAUCUUGCUUUGUCGAACAGUUGUGUUGAAAAGAAACCUGUUAGGGUGAUUCGUGGCUCUGAAUCAAUGGAUGGAAAAUGGAAGACUUAUGUUUAUGAUGGACUGUAUAUAGUUGAGAGCGUUCGGCAUGAUGUCGGACCACACGGGAAACUGGUUUUUAGGUUUUGCAUGCAAAGAGAAAGUGGUCAACCAGAGCUUCCUUUGAGAGAAGUGAAGAAAUCUAAAAAGUUCAAGAUUAGAGAAGGUGUAUGUGUUGCUGAUAUUUCUUUUGGAAAAGAACGAAUUUCCAUAUGUGCUGUGAACACCAUAGAUGAUGAAAAACCUCCUCAGUUUAAUUACAUAACUAGCAUGAUAUACCCCAAUUGCCAUGUCCUUCCUGCCGAAGGAUGUGAUUGUGUUAAUGGAUGCUCAGAUUUGGAGAAAUGUUCGUGUGUAGUGAAAAACGGGGGAGAGAUUCCAUUCAAUCACAAUGAGGCUAUUGUACAAGCAAAGCCUCUAGUCUAUGAGUGUGGACCUGCUUGUAAGUGCCCUUCAACGUGCCAUAACAGAGUCAGCCAACUUGGGAUAAAGUUUCAACUUGAAAUAUUUAAAACCAAUACAAGGGGAUGGGGUGUGAGAUCCCUGAAUUCUAUCCCUUCCGGAAGUUAUAUCUGUGAAUAUAUAGGAGAGCUUCUUGAAGAAAAGGAAGCUGAACAAAGGGCAGGUAAUGAUGAGUAUCUUUUUGAUAUUGGAAAUAACUACAGCAACAGUACUCUCUGGGAUGGACUUUCAACUCUCAUGCCAGAUGCACAGACAAGUUCCUGCGCUGUUGUGAGGGAUGGUGGUUUUACUAUUGAUGCUGCUCAGUUUGGCAAUGUGGGGAGAUUCAUUAACCAUAGUUGCUCCCCUAAUUUAAUUGCUCAGAACGUUCUUUAUGAUCAUCAUGACACCAGAAUGCCUCACAUAAUGUUCUUUGCUGCUGAUAACAUUCCUCCUUUGCAAGAGCUUACUUACGAUUACAAUUACGAAAUAGAUCAAGUCCGUGAUUGCGAUGGCAAUAUAAAAAAGAAGUAUUGCUACUGUGGUUCUGCGGAAUGUACCGGCAGGAUGUACUGA